AUGCGAUACCAGACAAUACUUAUUGACUCGCCUGAGUUUGAGUCGGUGUUAUCGAGUUCAAGUCGUGAACUCUGCACCGCGUCAAACGAUUAUGUAUUCGUCGGGGACUACCGGACAAGUCAAAGGUGUGAUGCUGACUCAUCGGAACUUGAUUGCGAUUGUAGGGAUAUUUUUAGCUCGGCGACCGGAGAGGGAGUCACCGGCGGUGUUGCUGUAUACGGUGCCUUAUUUUCAUGUAUUUGGGUUUUUGACAGUGUGAAGUAUGUGGCUCUAAGUGAGACUGUGGUGUUGAUGGAGAGGUUUGACUUGAGGAAAAUGUUGAGAGCUGUGGGGGAGUUCAGGGUGACGGAUGUGGCAGUGGCGGAGGCACCACCGGUGUUGGUGACUAUGGCGAAGGGAGAUGUGACGGAUGGCUAUGAUUUGAGGUCAUUGGAUAGGGUUGAUUGUGGUGGUGCGCCACUUGGCAAGGACGUGAUCAGAGCAUUUUCAACAAAAUUUUCGGGUGUUCUCUUACAUCAGCUAAUUAGAUUUGUUUUCCAAGUUGGUGACAAAACCAGGGAGGAUGUCGACUACGCUGAGGAAGAGAUUGAUAGGGGAUUUCAAGAGUUUGCAGUAGGAUCCUCGUAUGUGCAAGACACAAGAGAGGUUUUUCAAGCAUAUGUUGGAGUGUUGUUGCUCAAAGUUGCAUUAGUUAGUUCUGCUUUGAUGAGCUUUGCAUUACAUGAAAGGAUAUGUUGUCGUCAUGACUGA